AUGACUUCGCCGGAUUCAGUACGUUCUCGUCAGGCAAGACAAGGAAGAUCUUGCUCAACCACAGACAAAGUUAUAUCACGGUCAUCGUCGUAUUCAUCGAACAGCUCAAUGUCUAAGGACUAUAGUGACCAUACACCUUUGUCCAUAAGCAGUGCAGCUUCAGAAACACUGGCCUCUCCCCAAUAUAUGCCUAUAAGGACAUUCCAUACAAUGGCCACAGCGGGCCCAACACCUAUGCAUUUGCUUCAAAAUGAAAGAAGUAUUUUGAGCCAUCAUCCUUCAUCGGGCUCAUCUAAAGCAAUAUCUUCAAAUAAAAGAGGUAUAGCAGCAGCCGUAGCCCUGGCAACAGCAGCCACCAUACCGUUCCCACUAAAAAGGCAAAAUCAAGACGAAAGCUCUAAAGCCCCGGCCACCCGCAACGAAGUGACACGACAAAGUAAGGCUGUACUUCCAUUGCUUACGGAAGGUAACAAACCUAGAAAUAAUUGUAUCUGCGGCUCAGAUGAACCUAAGGAUGAGUUGUUUAUACAGUGUAACAAGUGCAAAACAUGGCAGCACAAACUGUGCUACGCAUUCAAGAAAUCUGAUCCAAUAAAAAGAGGCUUCGUUUGCAAAAGAUGUGACAGUAAGACAGAACUACAGGCUAAUCAAGUGAAACCAAUGAUAUUUCCUAGAAAAAUAGGAGAUCAGAGGCUGUUUCAAUUUUCAUCUAUAGUGACAACCUCGAUUUUGAACGCGGAGCAGCAGCAGCAGCAAUCAGUGAACAGCAUAGAGGUACAACCCAAGAAACGUCAAAUUGAUACUGCUUCAACAAAUAUAUUGAACGAGAAUAGCGAUAGUAUGCGGAAAAAAACUAAGCAUGAAAAGCCGGUAACAUCGACACAUUUUCUAAGACCGUUGUUGAAUGAAAUAAACUCUUCGAAGGAGACGAAAUUUAAACUCAUAACAACAUCAGAGUAUAGGGAUAAAUACGUCAAGAUGUUUAUCGAUAGCCAUUACGAUGACGACUGGGUCGUCUGCUCUGACUGGGAGAGCUCCAGAUCAGUGAAUAUGGAUGUGAAAAAGUCUUCAAACAAAAAAGAUUUAGGCGUGUUCAUUUCAAACUCUUGCGCUAGAGGUCAGAUAAUUCAGGAAUAUUUGGGAAGAAUUGACUUUCAAAAAAAUUAUCAGACAAACGCAAGUAACGAUUAUCGUUUAAUGGGAACAACAAAACCAAAAGUCCUAUUCCACCCACAUUGGCCUUUAUUUAUAGACUCUCGUGAAGUGGGUGGAGUAACAAGGUACAUAAGAAGGAGCUGUGAGCCUAACGUAGAAUUAAUAACGGUAAGACCGCUCAACGAAAAACCGAGGGAAGAUAAUGACUGUAGAGUUAAAUUUGUCCUGAGAGCCAAGAGAGAUAUUGAAAAGGGAGAAGAAAUGAGUCUCAAAUGGCAAUGGGACUUGAGAAAUCCUAUUUGGGAGAUAAUAAAUGCAUCUAAGGACCUGGAGUCCCUACCGGAUAUUGAUAAAUUUUGGUUGAUGGGUUCUAUAAAAGCCAUUUUAACUAAUUGUGAUUGCGCAUGCGGGUACUUAGGUCAAAAUUGCCCUAUAACUAAAAUCAAAAAGUUCUCUGAAGAAUUUAUGAAAAAUACGAAGGAAUCCCUCUCUAAUAAAUCCUACUUUAAUACAAUAAUGCACAAUUGUAAGCCACAAAUGAAAUUUUAA